UAGCUAAGUGGAGGCGCACUACCCUGGAUGCCAUCACAGAAAUAGUCGGGUUUUUGUAAGGAAACUGUUCUCUAACAGCGUACUUACACGCGAUUUAGCAAGCGAACCACACGGUUUUUUGCAGCCAUGUCGGAAGAACCGAGCCCCCAAACUUGGUCUAUCGACAAGGAUGAUUAUGUGCUUAAUGAGGUUAUCGGGAGUGGGGCCACCGCUGUGGUUCAGGCAGCAUCCUGCAUGUCAAGGAAGGAGAGGGUGGCCAUAAAACGCAUUAAUCUGGAAAAAUGCCAGACAAGCAUGGACGAGCUCCUGAAGGAGAUCCAGGCAAUGAGCCAGUGCCACCACCCCAACAUCGUCUCCUACUACACCUCCUUUGUGGUGAGGGAUGAGCUCUGGCUGGUCAUGAAGUUACUCAGUGGAGGCUCGGUUCUUGAUUUCAUCAAGUACAUCAUGUCGCGCGGGGAGCACAAGUCGGGUGUGAUGGAUGAGGCCAGUAUCGCCACAAUCCUCAAAGAGGUCCUGGAGGGACUGGACUACCUGCAUAGGAACGGGCAGAUUCACAGAGAUGUAAAGGCUGGAAAUAUUCUCCUCGGUGAAGAUGGGUCAGUGCAAAUUGCAGAUUUCGGAGUGAGUGCCUUUCUAGCGACUGGUGGCGACAUGACUCGGAACAAAGUGCGGAAGACGUUUGUGGGGACGCCAUGCUGGAUGGCGCCAGAGGUCAUGGAGCAGGUGAGGGGCUAUGACUUCAAGGCGGACAUCUGGAGCUUCGGCAUCACCGCCAUAGAGCUGGCCACCGGCGCUGCACCCUACCACAAGUACCCGCCCAUGAAGGUGCUCAUGCUCACCCUGCAGAACGACCCUCCAUGCCUUGAGACCGGCGUCACAGACAAGGAGAUGGUAAAGAAGUACGGCAAAUCCUUCAGGAAGAUGAUCUCGCUCUGCCUACAGAAGGACCCCGAGAAAAGGCCAACUGCGGCAGAGUUGCUGAAACACAAGUUCUUCACAAAAGCCAAGGAUCACGAGUAUUUACAACAGAAACUCUUGCUACGGGCACCAACGAUAGCAGAGCGAUCUAAAAAGGUGCGACGAGUUCCCGGCUCGAGUGGUAGGCUGCACAAGACCGAGGAUGGGGAGUGGGAGUGGAGUGAUGACGAGCUGGAACUGGAAAGUGAGGAGGGCAAGGCCGCAUUCGCUGCUAUGAGGUCACCAAGAGUGAAAGAACAGGUUCAGAGCACAGAGAUUCCCACAGAUCUGUCAGCUCUGCUGCAGCCCGGGGCCCCUGUGCAGCCGGCUGAUGGCACCCAGAGCCUGCCUGCCGAAGACCCCAACUCUGCCACGAUAGCAACCACCAACUUUCAGCCCCCAGCUCCGCCUCCUGGUUCUGGUUCUGGUGGUCCUGAUGCUGCUCAGCAGCCCAUCAGCCUGGUGCUGAGGUUGAGAAAUCUCAAGAAAGAACUCAAUGACAUCCGCUUUGAAUUCAUGCCAGGGAGAGACACAGCGGAUGGGGUUUCUCAGGAGCUUGUCACCGCUGGUCUGGUGGAUGGGAAGGACCUGGUCAUUGUCGCUGCAAAUUUGCAAAAGAUAGUGGAUGACCCUCAAAACAACAAAAAUGUCACUUUCAAGCUGGCAUCUGGUGUUGAAGACUGUGACCUUCCAGACGACGUGAAGCUCAUGGGAUUUGCCCAGCUGAGUAUCAGUUAAGGAUGGUAACACACUGACAGGCCCCAGCUGUGUGGAAGUGCAAAGUAUUGACAUACAUUGGCCUAAAGAAAACCACUACUGCCAAAGAGGGGGGACAGUGUACCGUCAGCACUCAGGAUUCUGAGCCCGUGUCAAGCAUGAGAGAGAGAGCGAGAGAGAGAGAGAGACACUGUAGUGACAUGCAGAGCUUCAAAGGAAGUGCACUUGAGUUGUUUACGUAGCGUUGACGUACAUUGGACGCAACCGUCAUUCACUCCUCAAUAUCGAUAUGUUCCAUUUCCGGUGUUAAUUUAAAACAGGUGAAGAAAUCGCUAAAAGGUGAUGGGACAAAAAAAAAACACUUGCACAAUCUCAACCUAUUUCUUAUAAUGUUACAUGUUUAAAAGAAUGCCUUAUUUUCAGCAGUACUACUGAUUCUGGGAUGUCAAGGGUGUUUGUCGUCAUGUGGAGUGGAGUGAGUGUGGUGUUGUCUGUUGAUGUUAGUGGUGAAUUGUUUGCCAGUGGUUGUACUUCAGUCCCUUGUACAUCUUCACAUGUGCAUGAAAAACACCAUAACCUUUGUUGAGCGUUAUUUUGAGGAGGGAUCACCAAUUUACCAUGUGAACGUUUGAUUUUUUUAAAAUGUUUUUGUUUUAAGUUUUUAAAUUUGUUUUCACAUUGAUUAGUCAGUGAUAUUCUCACAUUGACUGUCCUGUGUGUACUUUAGUGAACAUGCACACACCAUCACACUCACCCUUGUCCAUGGGCAUAAACACAAUUCUGUCUUUUAGGGUUUUUUGGCUGUAUUUGCAUGAUCCAGUGAUCUAUUUUGCAUGAAUCAAUGUGGUAACAGAGUGUUGACUAACACCUUUCGGCAGCGUAGGAAAUCAGGGAAAGGAUUCAGGAGCACUGGAGCCCACACUGCAUUCGAUAGAGAAGAACUUCAAAUUCUCCUGUAGAAACAUGGGCAAGUCACGUACAGUAUUUAGUCAAUAUUUUGAACUGUUGUGUAGGCUUUGGAGGCUGUAGGCUUAUAUGUUGAGUUAAAUUCUGAAAUUGAGAUUACUAUAAUACCUCCAGGAGUAACUGAUGGAAACUCCAAUGUUUAAUUGGAUAAAAAAACAAACUAGACAAUACCUCAUUUUAGGAGUUUUGACAGAUUUUACUUAACACGUGACAUUGCCGGCAGCUCAUUUGAUUUAUUUUUCUUGAAGGCCCAGCUAUGUCUGCACUGGUUUCUUCAGCCCACUCUUCUGAUUCUGCAGUUCUCCUCAUAUUAAUGCUGGCCCUCUUGCAAUAAGUUUGGCAUUGAGAAACUGAGUAUAGCUUCCCAGAGCCGUGGCUCUUUAAAGUAUGUUGCCGCAAUCGUGGUCAAUUUUAAGCAGAAUACCCAAUUUUUCGGGAUGGUCAUUUUAAACCAACAGCAAAAAUGUCCAAUACACUUAGGGUAAUAACUUGCAGUUGCAAUGAUUUUUUUUAGCAGAUACAACCUACGGUAUGUUUUUUUAUUGUCUUUGCUCAUCCACCCUGUUGUGUCCUGUCCAUUCAGUCCACAUUGCAGCUUACAUCUUGGUAUCCCGGCAUAGGCUUAUUUGUCUUAUGAGUGUUCAGUUAAUGUCUGUCUUUGUGGUGUCCAUAUAACAUUCACAAGAGGAGCCAGAGCAGUCACCAGUCCUCUGACUAGCUUUGAACUUGUGACAUCCGGCAGUACGCUCCAAGUUAACUGUCAAAUCCACUUGAACAAGAGUGCUGUUUUGGGCCUGGCCAUUUUCAGAGGUUUAAGAGGAAAUGUGUAGUCACUGAAAUUACAUACAUGAUCACAUGUUUUUAUCUCUCUCUCACACACACACACACACACACACACACACACACACACACACACACACACACACACACACACACACACACACACAAACUACACAUUAGCCUACGAAUGUGGCUAGCAGCUGCUAAGUACUUGAUCAAUAACUAUGCUAGUAUGUACAUAAUGACAUUUGGUGUUAAUUUUGUGAUUUCAUGUAUAGAUAUUGAAUUUUAUUGAGUGUUUCACAGUUGGCCUUUGUUUCCAGUGGCAAUUGAUGUUAUUGGAAGAUACAGAAACACAAGUCCACUGUUUUUGUUUUUAUUUAUGUUUUUUUUUUCUCUUUUUUUUUAAGACUGAAAGGCCAAGACAUCACUCUUUCUUUUCAGUACUAUGAACUGACAUAAAUAGUUUUAAUUAGAAGUUGGGCCUUAUUUUUUAGCACUUGAGAAACAAAAUGUUUGCACCUUAUAUACUUUCAGUCACUCAACUUGGUGAAGUCCCUGCAGUAGGAAUAUGGUGUUUAAAAGGAUGUCAGGUGGGCUCUUUGAAAAAUAUCUUUAAUAACCAUGAUUAUCUUUUUUGUGUUACAUGAACAUGGGGACAAAAUCCUAGUUAUUGGAGUUAUUUGACCACCCAUUUUGUUUAGCUACGUGUACAUACUUCACGAAAUUUGUAUUUUCACAUCAAAAUAAUAGUUGCCACUAUCCAUAUCACUCAUACUGUAUUUAUUUUUACUUUUAUGAUUUUAUAUGAAGUUAUUCAGUGACACCUCAAUUAAUGGCCCAGGACAUUUUUGUGCUGAGAACAUGUAUGUAAAUACCUAUCCCCCUCACAGAUGAACUUUAAAAGAUAACUCCCUUGUAGAAACCUGUGAAGUGUAAGCAUACCGGUAUGUGACUGUAUUGGCUUACUCUGUUGCGGUGGAUUGCCCUUUCCUAAUAUAAUGGGUAGAACCAAUGAACUUUGAAGACAUUCACACAAUUGAUUUUCUAGACAAAACAGUGGGGGGCUGGUAGUUUGCUUGUAUUUAUGUGUGUGGCAUUUAGGGAGGAGAGUAGGCAGUCCAAUCCCAUCUACGUAAAUGUGGACACAUGUAGACUGCGCGCACACACAAGGUUGAGGAGUCUGUACAACAGCCUUGAUACUUCUGGGUGGCACAACAUUGUCUGUGAGUAGGGACGAAAUCCCCUUGGUAGCUACGUAGUCCUUUUUCUUUUCUGUGAUCUAGCUGAGGAUUUGGGACACAACUGUACAGCAGAUGAGUGUGACUGAUUUGGUAAGCUUAACUUGUGAUCCACCCAAACCUAAACGGUUACAUUUACUGUAUGCAGUGCACAUAAUGGAGAAUCUAUGGCCUCUGGCUGUGUCCCACUAUGUGUGCACUGGACAGACUGAUCUCAGCUGUAAUGUCUUAUUUUCUUUUAGCUGUACUUCAAAGCAGAUGUUUGUCAAAGACGAGGGGAGUUGUCUAAAUCCAACCGUGUCAACAACAGUGUUACAACACUGCAAUAUGCAUUUUGUUUCACUUCACUUUGUGGUCCGUCAUUUGGUUGAUGGUUUUUCAUGCAUGUUCAUUUAAUUAUUUUAAUAUUCAAUAAAGAAUGAACUUUCAAACGUCCA